AAACUUGGCAAACACCGCCGAAACAAACCACCGCCGGCAGCCGCCGGCCACCGUUUUGCCCGAGUCUAGCCCCGUCCGCGCGCGCAUGCGCGUCCAGUCAGCGCGCGCUCGCCCGCUUCCACCCUCACGAUUUUAUCCACUCUCACCAGUCACCAACGGAGCUUCGCCCAGCGCCAUCCCCCCCGCCCCGCCUCCGGAUUCUCUCGCCCCAGGCCGAACAACCCCACGUUCGCCACGUGCGCGCGCGCCACCGCCUCGCCGCCCCAGCCAAUGAUCUAGAGCCUCGCGGAUCUGACGCGGCACCCGCGCCCCGCCUCCGCGGUCCGGUCACCGUCUCGCUUGCCGCCUGUUCGUGCUGCUCUCGCCGGCAUAGGGGGACGCGUGCGGCGAGCUCGUCCAUGGGGACGCUCGUCUGGCUGAGGCCGACCGCGGCCCCGGCCGUCCCCGCCGGUCCCUCCGCCGCGCACGUGGUGGCUGGCGGUGGUAUAAAUGCCCGGCCUCGGCGUGUGUCCAUGGCGUCCCGCUGCCCGAACCCGCGGGUGCUCCAGGCGGGGAGGUGCCGAUGGCUGGUUGCGAGGUCGGGUGUCACGGCCGCUGCGGCGGCCGCCGAUGACCCUGAGGAUUCGUCGGGGCUUUCAGAUCUGCAAGUGGCUUCAAGGAUCAGAGGGGUCUUCUUCUAUGCAGUGACUGCUGUUGCGGCGAUCUUUUUGUUUAUAGCUAUGGUUGUGGUUCAUCCACUUGUGCUCUUGUUUGACCGCCACCGUAGGAGGGCUCAGCACUAUAUUGCAAAGAUUUGGGCUACUCUGACAGUUUCCAUGUUCUACAAGCUUGAAGUCGAGGGAAUGGAGAAUCUACCUCCCAAUAGUAGCCCUGCUGUCUUUGUUGCUAACCAUCAGAGCUUCUUGGAUAUCUAUACCCUUCUAACUCUAGGAAGGUGCUUCAAAUUUAUAAGCAAGACCAGUAUCUUUAUGCUUCCAAUUAUUGGUUGGGCAAUGUAUCUCUUAGGUGUCAUUCCUUUACGGCGUAUGGACAGCAGGAGCCAGCUGGACUGUCUUAAACGGUGUGUGGAUUUGGUGAAAAAGGGGGCGUCUGUAUUUUUCUUUCCAGAGGGAACUCGAAGUAAAGAUGGAAAGCUAGGUAUAUUCAAGCGAGGAGCAUUUAGUGUCGCAGCGAAGACUGGCGUUCCUGUCAUACCUAUUACCCUUCUUGGGACAGGGAAACUGAUGCCUCCUGGAAUGGAAAGCAACCUUAAUUCAGGUUCAGUAAAAGUCAUUAUUCACCGUCCAAUUGAAGGGAAUGAUGCAGAGAAAUUAUGUACCGACGCAAGGAAUGUGAUAGCAGACACUCUUCUUCUACAUGGUUAUGGAGUGCACUAGUGGAAGUGGGUGGUUUUUCCUAUUCAAUGGAUCAUGGAACCUAGUUUGCCGAAACGUGUCGACUCAAGGCAAAGAUAGUUUACAGGUACACGUUACUGACUAGUUCGAUAUUUUGAGAAUCAGUAGGAAAUGCUAUUUGCUUCUUAAGAAGAACAGCUUUUUGAAAUGAAAGAGUUUCCACGGGCGUCGUAUAUCAUUUGUUCAAAUAAGGUUCAUGUAGCAUAAUGGUAUGACUGCGCAAAACGUAUCUUCAGUUUAAACUUCAAGAAAAAGGACACCUUCAGUUUGAAUAUGUGCCCCACAUUUAGAGGUUUGAGAUUGUUAUCUCCACCACAUGGAGGUGUGAGACGAGUGUCCUAAUAAGAGACUGAAUAUAACACAGAUGUAUUUGGUGGCGGAAAUACUUAAUGAAGACAGGGGCUGGAGGAAGAAUAAGAAUGACUUGUGCUUGUUAGUUGCUGUGUGUGACUUGCAAAAUAGGCUUUGAUGUAGUUUAUCUUUCACAAAUUGUAGUUUGCAUUAUUUGCCUUGUUCUAUAGUAUUUAACAUGAAAAGAUGUUAUGUGUCAAAGAAUUCAUCUGGAUUUAGAUGAUCUUGCCAUAUUCUACAUACUGGGAAGAUAAGAAUUUUUUUUGUGGGUGAGAAGAUAAUAAAGUUGGCACGUGAUUUCCUUUUGGGACUUGA